AUUUAGUUUUUGGGACUGUACUGUAAUAUGUAAAUAAUAAACAUCACAAUCAUAAAAAUUGCGUAUAAGUCUUCUUGAUUGAAUACUACAUCUUUAUUCUUGUUUUUUUUUUUUUUUAUUUAAUAUAACUUAAAUUCUCAUCGGAGUGCUAAGCAGGGUAUUAUUAUUGUUCAUUGUGAUUAUAAUUUUCCUGGGAUAUUUUAUAUUUGUUGGAAUAAAAAUCAAAAGUGAAAAGACACAAAAAUAGAAUGUGUAAAAACUAAUAUAUUAAUCAAAGGUAUUGAAGCUUCCUAUUCAGAUCAAAACGAGAGAGUGAGAAUAGACAGAUAUGGAAGAAUACACAAGAGAACCAUGCCCAUGGCGUAUUGUUGAUGACUGUGGAGGAGCUUUUACAAUGGGCCUCAUUGGAGGCGGGCUAUUCCAGGCCAUCAAAGGUUUUAGAAAUGCUCCCAGUGGAAUGUCUAAACGUUUUCAAGGAAGUAUAGCCUCAAUAAACACAAAGAGCCCCAUCAUCGCUGGAAAUUUUGCCGUGUGGGGAGGCACAUUCUCAACUAUUGACUGCACUUUGGUUCACCUCAGGAAAAAGGAAGACCCAUGGAACUCGAUUAUCAGUGGAGCAGCAACUGGAGGAAUUCUGGCAGCAAGGAAUGGAGUUCCAGCGAUGGUGGGCAGUGCUGUUAUCGGAGGUGUACUAUUGGCUCUGAUAGAAGGCAUUGGAAUACUUAUGACAAGAAUCCAAGCUGAUCAGUUCCAACCUGCACCACCUACAAUUGAGGAUCCGGCACAGCUGAGUGGUUCUCCAAGUUAUAACUGAAGUGCUUUGGCUUAAAACUACAAAUUUUGUAGAUUAUUGUGAAUUACAAUUUGUUUUUUGUAUGGUGAAUAAUUUAAUGAACUAAACAUCUGAUUCCUUAAAAAAUUAAGGUAGGGAUAUUUUUAUUAAGACAAGUGAAACAUUCAGUGAGAUUUAAAGUGAACUCUCAGACAACCAAUGUUCCACCCACAAGCUUAUAUUGGUAACUGACAUUAGGUGUUAAAUAUCUGGUGUGCACUGUUGCAUAUGAACUCAUCUUUUAUCUUGAAAAGAUCUGUAGAAAAAUUUAUUUUCAGCCAGAGUAUAAGAAAAGCCAAUAAAUCAAAUAUAGCCCAAUAAACACUAAUAAGUAAGUUCAAAAUAAUGUUCCACUUUACAAAUAAAUAUAUGAUUAUUUUGUGCUGAAUGUAACAUUUUUGUGAUAAUGAGAUUUUUGUAAUAAAUAAGCAGCUUUAUUUGUCUGUUGUUGACCAUG